AGUAAUAAAACCUGUUGCACCUCACAGCCGUGCUGAUGCUUUAAAAGCAUAAUAGAGGCUUGUAACCUACUCUCAGCCAUCAGUACGGUAUACAUUAUGUAUCGUCUAUGAAGGUGAUUGGGUUUUGUGAGUAAGGAUUUGUAUAUCAACUACGGUCCGUACAAAAUGUUCAUUUGUUACGGAGCUCGGAGGAGAGCUUAGAUACGCUGCUGGCGAGUGGGUUAAGGUGUCGUGUACUGUGUUACUGCUGACGGAUGUGGACGAUUCUAUGGGAUUCACGUGAUUACUGAUCAAAGUCCUAUAAUCGUACUGUGUUUUAUACUGAUGUGUUCUGUUGAUAAAAAGUUCAUCAGUAGUUGGAUCUUGGAAUAUUAGGGAACUGGACGAGUCGGUGCCAUGCACGUGUGUCAGUAAACAACACACCUGUAUAAACGCUGGUAGAGCUAGAUAAGUGCCUUCAGACGCUCGGAGAGGCUGUGUGGUAUUGCGGGUUAUUGUUAUUGAUCAUUUUAUUAGGGAGAACGGUUGUGACGUAAAGUAAAAAUUAAAUUUCACGCCAUUUCGCAAAGUGAAACGUGUGUACUCCUUUCAACUUGUGUUGUUAGCAUUCACCGGAAAUAUAUCGUUGCACACAAACGAAGGUUCACAACUUUAGUUAACGGAUUAAUAAGUUAAAUUCGAACUUUAUUGUGAAACGUUAUCAUGGACCGGAUAUCGGUGAAUAGGUUCUCCUUCCGCCGGAAGGGUAGUACGAGAAAGGAUAAAGACAAAGAACACAGCGCUGCUUUUGACUACUCGAAACUUUCCUAUAUCAGCCAAGAUGAAGCUCAAAAGAUUGAUGAAGAAUUAUUCGAGGAGUACAAAUUCAGUGUUGACCAGUUGAUGGAGCUGGCUGGAUACAGCUGUGCCGUUGCCAUAGCAAAGUGCUACCCUCUUGAAACAAUGACACGUGACAACCACGCAGUGCUUGUUUGCUGCGGUCCUGGUAAUAAUGGCGGUGAUGGCCUCGUCUGUGCCAGGCACCUCAAGAUGUUUGGCUUCAAGCCUUCGGUUUACUACCCCAAACAGAACAAGAAAGAUCUGUUCACGAACCUAAUGAAGCAGUGUGAGGGGAUGGACAUGCCUUUUCUCUCCUUCUUUCCCUCCGAGGCUCACCUCAUCACACAGUCCUACAACCUGGUCGUGGACGCCUUGUUUGGCUUCAGCUUCAAAGGUCCGCCCCGGGCUGACUUCGCCAACGUACUACAGACCUUAGCCAAAGUGGAAAUCCCUAUUUGUAGCAUAGACGUACCCUCGGGCUGGGACGUGGAGAAUGGGAACCCCGAAGGACUCCAACCCGAAUUCCUUAUCUCACUCACAGCGCCCAAACUGUGCGCCAAGAUGUUCAUGGGAAAGUAUCAUUACCUUGGUGGGCGCUUUGUGCCCAAAACUAUGGAGAAGGCGUACGGCUUGUGUUUGCCCGCCUACCCGGGGACAGACUGUGUGGUGGAACUCAAAACACAAACUCCACACGAGAAGGAGACAAAAUCGGACGAAAAGGAAAAAGAUAAAGAGAACCAUGUCUGAGACAUUAACGUCAUCGAUGACGUCACAAUGACGUUAUCUGUGUGUGGAUUACGAACUGUGUAUAAACAAUAAUAAUCUUCUUUAGCGUCCGUUUAACUAGCGUGUAUGUACGACUAGUGUUUACCGGCGUGUCUUUGUUGGCUUUACGUCUAUGUCCUGGCCUCGUUUUAGUUAUUACGUAACAAUGACGUCACCAUACCAGAUACUUGUAUGGUUAAUUUCGGUGAUAGAGAUACUUAUAAGUUGUUUUCCUCUUUGUAGUUAACAGAAAAUGUAGAAAUAUAGAGCGGAAGAAUAUUGGUUUAUACUGGUAAUACGCUGAUUCUGACGACGUACUCAUACUGAUUAUAAUGACGUACGCAUACAUACACUGAUUAUAAUGACGUAUACACACAUACACUGAUUCCAAUGACGCAUACAUACACUGAUUAUAAUGACGUAUACACACAUACACUGAUUCUAAUGACUCAUACAUACACUGAUUUUAAUGACGUACACAAACAUACACUUAUUCUUAUGACGCAUACAUACACUGAAUAUAAUGACGUUCACACACUUACAUUGAUUCUAAUGACGUACACACACAUACGCUGAUGACGCAUACAUAUGCUGUUUCCAACGACGUAUACAUACACUGAUGCCAAUGACGUGACGCACUGAUUCUAAUGACCCACUCACAUGCUGAUUCUAAUUAUGUAAUCUAAUAGUGACUGUAAUGAACCUUGCACGUGUCGGGAUUUAUAGAUUACACCAAGUGUUUUCUGGAUUUGUCGUCUGGAUAGUUUUACUCAUUAAGAUGACGUGAAUAAUAUUGAAUUGGCUUGCAGGUGGAGUCGAGAUUUUAUCUACAAAAGAGCGGUGAGAAAAAUGGUAUGAACGUCACAACAUGAACACAAUAUGAUCUAGAAACUAGUCCUUUAUAUUGCUGAUCAAUUACUAAAUGUCGAUAAAAUCACGCACGGCAUCUUCCAUCUAAAGUAUGAACUUUACUCACAGAAAUAGAUUGUAUUUAUCGAUAUGAAUUGGUGAUUACUUUACACACUUUUUCUCAUGAUUCUAAAUCGGUUUAUUUACGAUAGACUUUCCCCUCUAAGCAGCAAUUAUAAACGGAUUGUUGUGAUUCGCUCAAUAACUCGACGUCACUAAACAAGUAGAUAUUGAGAUAAAAAUAUACUGAGGAACCAAUUCCCAAGUUAUUCCUCGAAUCUUCUCUAAUAUUACCAAACUGAUCAUCCAUACAAAUGAAUUGGUCAUACUACUGGUAGGUGGCAAAUAUAGUUAAAGGAAGUAUAUAGAUGUUAAUAUUGGUUAUGAUAUCAAAAUAUGAAAACACAAAAUAUCUGUAUUUUUCUUGAAAUUCUAAAAAGAAAAUUGAUGUAUGUAUUUUUAAAAAAACGACAAAACACAUUUUUUUUAAUAUGCGAACAUUUUCCGUUCACGACCUGCUAAUCUCAGCUUUAAUUUAACUCUGGAUCUGCGAAACGGGUUGCAUUGUUAAUGGUUCACUAUUCUCACCUAUAUAGGAAACGAUUCUCUGACGUCACUGUGCUGCUACACACUGCUUUAACACGGUCACUUAGGGACACAAACAUGUCCUGUUUUAACCAUCAUUUCGAUCAAUUAAUCACUUUUUCCAAGGAUUGUUAUUUUUUUUCAUUUAUUGUUAACGAGUUCAUAGAUAACUGAAAUGAUUUGCACCUCAUUAAUUGUUUUGUUUGGAUUAGUUAAAGAGUCCAUAGUCUACAGAUAUUUCCUGGUCUACUGAUGGAGGUUAUGUAGGUAACCCUUCUAUAUAAAUGCCAGCUAUUUCUAUUAGGGAGCCUCCGUUAAAAUUACAUAAUUUCAUGGAUUACUUUGCGUAUGAAUAUAAGUGCCAGGAUGUGAAAAUAUUAGACCCCGGCUGCUCAGAAGAAGGUUAAAGGUAGCCAGUGGUUAGGGGGGGGGGGGGGGGGGCCC